GGUAAGUUGGGUUGAGCCAUUCACAAGUUUAGAAUGAAGUUUCUUCUGUUGGUGCUGACCCUGCAGGUCACUGCUUCAGGGAUGGUUCUUCUGACCAACUCUUCAAGCUCCAAAGAAAAUGAUGUGCUAUUUGGUCAAGUCACUGCUUCUGGAACUGUUCCAUUGGUGAACUCUACCGACUCUGAAAAUAAUGUGACAUAUGCCCAAAGGUACCUGGAAAACUUUUACGGUUUCGUGAUGGACAGAAUUCCAACGACAAAAAUGAAAGUCAAUAGGGACUUCAUGGAGGAUAAAAUUCAGGAAAUGCAGCAGUUCUUGGGGCUGAAAGUGACUGGGAAACUGGACUCAUCUACUCUGGACAUGAUGCACAUGCCCCGAUGUGGAGUGCCUGAUGUUCAUCACUUCAGGACGAUGCCAGGGAGACCAGUAUGGAAGAAACGUUUAAUUACCUACAGAAUCAAAAAUUACACUCCUGACUUGCGCCCUGCAGAUGUUGACUAUGCCAUCCAGAAGGCUUUUCAAGUAUGGAGUGAUGUGACCCCCUUAAAAUUCAGAAAGAUUAAUUCAGGAGAGGCUGACAUUAUGAUACUUUUUGCAUCUGGAGCUCAUGGAGACUACACCCCUUUCGAUGGUAGAGGUGGAGUCAUAGCCCAUGCUUUCGGACCUGGAACUGGGAUUGGGGGAGACACACAUUUUGAUGAGGCUGAAAUCUGGACUAAAAACUACAAAGGCACAAACUUAUUCCUCGUUGCUGUUCAUGAGCUUGGCCAUUCCUUGGGUCUGAGCCAUUCCAGUGAUCCAAAAGCCAUCAUGUUCCCUACCUAUAGUUACGUUAACCCCAACACCUUUCGCCUCUCUGCUGAUGAUGUACGUGGCAUUCAGUCUCUCUAUGGUCUUCCAGAAAGGCGCCAACCCUCAUCAAAUCCUGACAGUAGAGAAUCAGCCACCUGUGACCCCAACUUGAGUUUUGAUGCUGUCACUACAGUGGGAAAUAAAAUCGUUUUCUUUAAAGACAGAUUCUUCUGGUGGAGGUAUCCUGAGAGUCCAAUGAGCAAUGCUAGUUUAAUUUCUUCUUUGUGGGCGACCUUACCAUCUGGCAUUCAAGCUGCUUAUGAAGUUGGAGCCAGAAAUCAAGUUUUUCUUUUUAAAGAUGAUAAGUACUGGUUAAUUAGCGAUUGGAGACCACAACCACACUACCCCAAGAACAUACGUUCUUUGGGCUUUCCUGACUUUGUGAAAAAAAUUGAUGCAGCUGUUUUUAACCCACUUCUUCAUAAGACCUACUUCUUUGUAGGUAAUCAAUAUUGGAGGUAUGAUGAGAGGAGACGAUUCAUGGACCCAGGUUAUCCCAAAUUGAUUACCAAACACUUUCCAGGAAUUAGACCUACAAUUGAUGCAGUCUACUAUUAUAACAGACACUACUAUUUCUUCCAAAGAUCUGACAUAUUUGAAUAUGAUGCCGUAUCCCAACGUGUCACCAAAAUGCUGAAACAAAAUAUCAAGUUAGUUUGUUAGGAAUGGUAUAAUUAGUGAUGUUGGUCAAUUCACUUCAGUUAAAUAAGUAUUUAUUCCAUACUUGCGUGACGUGUGUCUUAAAAUAAAGUAAAAUCUAUAGGCCAUAGAUAAAUUAUCAUAUAGACAGGUGACUAUACAAACUACAUAAGAUUUUUUUAUUUUGAAAACCCUCCUUGUCAAUUUUUACUUGAUUCAACUAUUAAGCUUGAAAACAGACACUUUUUCAAGGGGCAACAGAAUAUCUUGCUCCUUGAACAUCCCAGAAGUGAGAAAUUAUCAUUAUUUCUUUGCUUAACUAACAUUAAGCAAUGCUUAGUUCCUGUGGCCAUUAAAUGCCUCAGCAAGUAUAUCAUUUUAAUUCUUUUGGAAUAAAAACAGAAUAUACCAGAAAAUGACAUUUACUAUAAGUAAUAUAUAAGUAAAUUAUAUAAUUAUGGUGAUAAUGUUAUUUUAUUCUCUUGUCAGUGUUGAUUUUUCUAAAUCUUAAAGUAUAUACAUAUAUAUAUAUUUUCCUUUUGCUCAAAUAAAAGCUCUGAAAG